CUAGCUAGUACUGAUUAGGUGAGCUGAAGAGAUAGUUGGAGUUUGUUGGUGCUUUUUAAAGAGUCCGUCUCAUUUGUAACAAACAGGGCACAGGUGAAAAGGUGAAUAUUGUCGCUGGGUACCUGGAUACACGUGUCAUUUCUCGGAAACAGUCCGUUGUCCUCAAACUUGCUGCGUGAAAGAAGCAACAACCACGGUUUAAACUGAAUGGCUGAGGGCUCCUCGGACCCACCUGACCUCAAUCCAAAUGGGGCGUCACAUGAAAAACCACAUCAGCACAAAUCCAGAAGAGGUCGGCCCAGACACAACAAUGACAGGAACCUGAGCAGUAAUAGUUAUGAUCCUUCUCAACAAUAUGGACACUUUCAUCAGAGCUCUAACCCACCAUUUAGCCAUAAUAAUUCAACUUAUGCAGAGCAUCAGCAUCCUCCCUACCAAGGAGAAGAUGGAGCCAGAAGGCGAGGUAGAGGGAGGAGAGAAGGGAAUAGAAGUGUGAAUGGGAGUUUUGGUGGCUCCAGCUUCUGGUGGCAAAGACCUGGAAGUGACAAUGGCCCGUACAGUGGCAGUAACAGGGGUGUGGGUGGCUACCACUCAGGUGCACAUCCCAUGGAUGGACCUGAUAGGGCAAACUGGCGAAGAGAUGAUGUAAGCAGAAAUUUGGAACAAACCAGUGAAGACCAGGAUGCCCGGGCGAAAAAACCCAGGAAGUUUAGCCAGGAGCAGAGGAGAAGAGAACAUAACAAGAAGGGCACCCACUUAAAGGAGAACAACACUUCAGUAGAGCAUGAGAGGUCAGAUGACACUAAAGGAGAAAACCACUCUUCAGAAAACAGAGAGAAAACUCAGAGGAGCAGGGCAGGUCCAGACUCUCAACAUGAUGAUCAUCAGAGGAAACACCCUGAGGUGAAGCGACGGCAGGGACCAAUCAAACCACCCAAACCACCAUCUCAAGAGGAGACAGGCUCAGAGAGGGGAGCCAGUGGCCAAGAUCACUUCAGACACAGCAGAUCGUCUCAGGAUCCACCCAGUAAAGCUGGGGGAGGUUCAGGACGAACACAACUCCAGGGCAGAGGGGGGAGACGAACACACCAUCAAAACCCCAGACCUGCUCAGAGGACCUGGGACAAGAUGCCAGAGAGCAAGGAGACACAGACAGGGUGUCUAAUUGAGCAGCUCUCCGAAGAGAAGUACGAGUGUAUGGUGUGCUGCGAUAUCAUCCGGCUCAUGGCCCCGGUGUGGAGCUGCCAGAGCUGCUUCCACGUCUUCCACCUGAACUGCAUCAAAAAGUGGGCUCGAUCUCCAGCAUCUCAGGCAGACGAUUCAACUGAAGGUUGGCGUUGUCCAGCCUGCCAGCAUGUUGUACUGAAAAACCCGACUUCCUACACCUGCUUCUGUGGUAAAGUGACAAACCCGGAGUGGCAGCGCACUGAGAUUCCUCACAGCUGUGGUGACAUGUGUGGAAAGAAAAGAAGCGGAGUGGAUUGCAAUCACCCCUGUAACAUCUUGUGUCACCCUGGACCUUGUCCACAAUGUCCUGCCUUUGUAACAAAAUCCUGCACAUGUGGGAAGACCAGUCAACCAAUGCGCUGCGGCCAGGCUACAGUGCUCCAGUGUGACAAAGUGUGUGGUGCUGUACUCAACUGUGCUGAACAUACCUGCACACAGGUGUGCCACAGUGGGGCAUGUCAGCCUUGCCAGCUGCAGGUUCAGCAGGUUUGCUUCUGUGGAGUUACAACUCGUAAAGCUCUGUGUGGAACAGAUAAAGAAGGAUUUGACGGUUCGGGACAUUUCUCCUGUCAGAAAACAUGUGGAAAGAUGUUGGACUGUGAAGCCCACCAGUGUCAGCUGGUGUGCCACCGCGGUCCAUGCCAGCCGUGCCCACGCUCCCCGACCCUGGUGAAGACUUGUCCCUGCGGUCAGACACGGCUGGCCAAACUCCUGGAACUGGGUUACUCAGAACGACUAAGCUGCUCUGAUCCCAUCCCUUCCUGUGGAAAGACGUGCAACAAACCCCUGGCCUGUGGAUCCAGCGACACCAUCCAUCUGUGUGAGAAUUUGUGCCAUGAGGACAGCUGUGGGCCCUGCUCACUGACCUCUACUAUCAGAUGCAGAUGUGGCUCCAAGACCAAGGAGGUCCCAUGUGCAACUAUCCAGAAAGAAGACGAGCUCAUCUUCACCUGCGAGAGGCGCUGCAACAAGAAACGCUCCUGUGGCCGACACAAGUGUGGCGAGCUGUGUUGUGUGAUUGUGGAGCACAAGUGCUCCCUGAUCUGCGGCUACAAGCUCAACUGUGGCCUCCACCGCUGCCAGGAGCCUUGUCACCGUGGAAACUGUGAACCCUGCUGGCAGUCCAGUUUUGAUGAGCUGACGUGUCACUGUGGGCUCACUGUAUUGUACCCGCCCAUCCCCUGUGGCACCAAGCCACCAGAGUGCAAAAGCCUGUGUACAAGACGACACGAGUGUGACCACCCAGUGUUUCACAACUGCCACAGCGAAGAGAAGUGUCCACCCUGCACGUACCUCACUCAGAAGUGGUGCAUGGGGAAGCACGAGCAACGCAGCAACAUCCCAUGUCAUCUGCAAGACAUUUCUUGUGGCCUGGCAUGCAACAAAUCACUGCCAUGUGAAAUGCACCGCUGCAGACGGAUUUGCCACCGGGGCGAUUGCUUGGCAGAAGGCAGCUGCCAGCAGCCAUGCAUCCUGCCGCGUCCAGACUGUGGCCACCCGUGCUCUGUCCCCUGUCAUAAAGGCAGCAGCUGCCCACGCACCACCUGCACUGCCAAGGUAGCUCUACAGUGUGAUUGUGGUCGACGGAAGGAAAUGGUCGUCUGCACGGAAGCAGCCAGCUCAUAUCAGAGGUAUGCAGCCAUCGCCAUGGCCAGUAAACUGUCUGACAUGCAGCUCGGCGACUCCAUGGACAUUGGCCCGUUCCUCACUAAGAAGGAGCUGAAACAAACCAGGCUUGAAUGUGACCAAGAGUGCGCUACUUUGGAGAGGAACAGGCGCUUGGCUGAGGCGUUACAGAUAGACUCGUCGUCUGACCCCUUCAACAUCCGCUCCACCUCCGUAUACAGCGACAGCCUGAAAGAGGACGCCAGAAAAGAUCUGAAGUUUGUCACAGAGGUAGAAGAGGAGAUCAAGAAUCUUGUUGAGCUUGUCAAUAAGGGAAAACUGGCAAAGAGAAGCCACUGUUUCCCGCCCAUGAACAGAGAACACCGGAAGAUCAUCCACGAGCUGGCCGAGGUCUACGGCGUGGAGAGCGUGAGCUACGACAGCGAGCCCAAACGCAACGUGGUCAUCACAGCCCACAAGGGGAAGUCGGCCUGUCCAAACUCAACCCUGACAUCACUGAUAGAGAGAGAGACAGCUGCAAGAGCCCCGCCUCCCAUCGCUCAUAUCAAACAGCACAGUAGCAAGGUUGCCAGUGGGAGCACCUGGUCGAAGAUGGUUAAAGAAGAGCCUGUGAUAGAUUAUUUUGAUGUCCAGGACUAAUAUGAUGCCAGACAUCAAAGAGGAAACCUUGCUCGGCCUUGCAGGAUCUGCUCAGAAGCAUCACUGAUCAUCUGCCAAAAAAAGUCUCAAUAAUCUUUCUCAUUUGUGCUCAUCAAUGUUCAAUAAGAAUUUCCCUGGCUUCAUAAUCAAAUAAAAUUAUCUUGGAGAAUAGGAAAACCCCACACUUGGUAAAUCUGGGGAGGAGGAAUCGAAAUGGUGCUGAGUGAAGUCUUCCUCGUGAAUUUAGAUAUUGAAGUCAAUGUAAACUUGCUCAGAUUCUGAAGAUGGAAUGUUUCUGAAAAGCUCCUGAGUGUUUUCUUUGCCUCCCCCGUCUGCAGCCGCUCCCUCAUUGAAGCCGGUUUAAUAAAA